AGUGACAGGUGACAACAACAACAACCACCAGACAAUGUGCAAACAGUGGUGAAUGGUGCAGUUUUCUUCGCGUGUGUCAUUGUUGUGAUGUGCCCUCGUUGGCAUUUGAAAGUGCAUGUGCAAUCAUGAAUCCUCUAGGUGUGUUACCGUUUGCCACCGCGAAACGGCACCGAAGUGAACGUGCAGUAAGUCAGUGAGCCAGUGACGGGAGGGGUGGGAGACUCCAAACGUCAAAAAACACACACAAUAUGGCGGCGACGUCAGAAGUGACGUCCUGUGGUCCCGGGAGACCACCACCGUCAUCCGCUCGAGCGGAGCGAACAGCAGCACCAUCGCAACGGGGGAGAUCAUGGCCGUAUCGUUGGAUGCAGCUGGGCACUGUUUGGGUGGCGCUGCUUCUAGUGCUGCUCACCGUCGGGCAACUUGGCAGCGUGCACGGCGAGAAAACGAAGACAUAUUACAUGGAAUCGAUCUGUAAAAAUCAUUUUCUACAGUUACUUUAUAGAAAAAUAGAUGGUGCUACCCUUCUGUCGAGGAACGAAAGGAACCUAAACUGUGUGGUCACGUUUCAAACGCACUCCAUACUGCAGAGAUUUAUGUUACGUUUCGAUAUGCUACAACUAGACUGUAAUGAUCAUUUGUAUGUAUAUGACGGUGCACACGCUGUCGGUACGCAUAAGGCGGACCUGACCUGUAAGGACACAAAACAAUCAGUGGGAGCGUUGUUGACGAAAACGAACUUUCUCACCUUCAAGUACGUGACCGACAACUGGGGCACGGAGACAAACGGUUUCAAGAUGGUCAUAACAUCCGUGAAAGAUUCAAAGCUUAACUGCGCAGACUUCCGGUGUAGAUUGCCCGACUUCUGCAUACAUCAGGAUCUGCGGUGCGACGGCAUCAACCACUGUGCGGACGGGUCCGAUGAAACCGUCGAGGCGAACUGCCCCGGCCCGGAUCGAUACAUCAACACGAUCUUCGGCAUCGAGCUGACAUGGAUCAUACUGAUAGGCGUGAGCAGCCUGAUCGUCUGCGGAUGCAUCGUCGGCAUCACGAUCUGCGUGUACGUGCGCAACGCACGCAACACACCCAACCAACUAAACUCUUCGAUACAGUUGAACCAGAUGAUAGAAUCGAACGGUUCAUCGAAGCAUCUACAAGGAACUCUGCCGCGGGAAACAACAACACUACCUGCUUCGGGAAACUUGCAUCACCCUGCGGGACCAUUAGGGUACCUCCGCAUUCCACACAAAUUGAUGGCCAAAGUCCGUCCCAUUUGGUGCCUGGCAAAUUAAGACAAUUAGGUCCGGAUUUAUCGCAACAAACCUCACAGAAAGACGAGUGGUUUGUCUGAUGAGCGUACGACAGACAGCAUGACAGCGAAUGAAUGAUACUAGCAAGCGAAAACAGUGCGAACGUACGAGCGAGUUCGAAUGUGUCUGAGACAGCGAGAGAGCGAGAGCGAGCGAAUGAAUGCGUAUGGAACAAGCGAGCGAAAAAGAGAUGAGAGAUUAAAAACAACAAAUCCGUUACGAAACCGGUUCCGAUACCAGCGCAGUGAUUAGUACACCCAACGGCAUACACGUUAGUUGGGUCGUUCAACGACCAAACAACAUCACGACGCUCAGACGCACAGAUAACGUUUUGAGUGAGUGGGGCACAAGAACCGCUAGGAAGUUAACCCUCACAGCAGGGAUCGAUAUCGGCUAGUAGCAAACAAAAAACAAGACAGCGUGACAUACACAUGAGGAUAAUGAUGAAGAGAAGUUGUAUCGAAAGUAUAGUAUGCAACACAACCGAGCGACACUAAAACGAAAGAGGAAUACGAUCAUCGAUCGAGUGACGGCUUGUGGGGAAUGGGAAGCAAUAGCGCACUAACAACAUCGCGCUCUACAAGCCAUCCGCCAUCUUGAAACAGAUGUGCUGGUUUGCUAGGCCAUCAGCACGAAUACUACCCUCCAGCAAAGAUCACUUACGAUCAGCAAUGGCUUUGUUCGUUGAAUUAAGCCCGGCACUGUUGCAUACUACCUGCUCGACUACAAAGCACAGAACGGACUACAAACACACAGCUACACCACAACCAAACGAAACAAAGCAAAUUAAGCCAAGUUAGUACUUGCAGCCUUGUCCCACUGACCAUUCUUUCGCAAUGCAAAACGAAACAUUAAUCCAUUCGAAUAAAAUGGAGUGCAAUAAUCGAUCGUCACCAUUCCACCACCACCACUACCAACCACCGAUAAUACUAACAAAAAAAAACCACAGCAGCUACUACUUGCUACAUCACUACCACCACCACCGAAAACACGUCUGAAUUCGGAAUAUCGACGCAAAACAUCUCUUACAGUACAUCAUUCAUUCAAAGAACGACGCAAACAAAAAUCACGCUAAUUGGAGAACAAAUUUUUCGGCACUAUAUGAAGACUGUCUGGUUGGUCAUCAAAAACCGCGCAGGGUGUAUAUUGAAAAAGGGAGUAAACAGUGUACCCAAAACAAACAAAUAAACGAAAGGAGAAGAAGAAAACAACAAUGCGAACAACACGAACAACACGUUGAACAAAACGAACAACAUCAACUGUGACGCAGCAAAGAAGCAGAAGGAGAUCAAACAACACGAACUCUAGCAAUUAAUGAAAACAAUUAUACCACAUAAUGAAUAUUAUGGUAAAUAUAAAGAAAAAGAAAACUAAAGUAAACAACAACAAACAAACAAAACACACACACGAACGCAAAAGAAAUCAACCUAAUCAUAGUAAAACAAGAAGAAGGAGAAUAAGAAAAAAACAAAAAGAUAUAGAAAUCGGUAGAAACUAAUGAAAAAGAGUCGAAUAUGUAAUAAAUUCAUAGCAAGGAUUGUAGCGUUAGUGGAGAAGAGAUUAAAGUGAAGCAAACCGAAACAGAAUGAAGAGAGCAAAACAAGAGCAAAGAAGGGGACAAAUUAUCCAACUUUUUAAUGUUAAUCGUGUACAGGCUCUCUUGCGAAGAUGAAAGCUUAGCUUAAUAAUUAAUGUAAUGUCAUAGAAAGCCUCACCGAUCUGCUUUGUCUCUUCUUUACGUUUUCGGUUAAAAUCAACCUCCCCGUUGAUGGCCAUUUUUCAUUUUGGAUAAUAGUAAGCAGAUAGUACGCAAGUUGUAUCCAUUUUCCAGCUACUGCUUCGUUUUCGAACAUAUGGUACGUUAGAGUACGUCCGCUAUAGAAGUAUCCUCAAAACGUCAAACGUGUUUAGGGAAGCAAAAAGAAAAAAGUAGUUCAUCUCCACCUCGUUAAUUGGCUCUCCAGUAUCUUCUACUAGCAGGCAGUUUGGCAAUUUCGGAGACGUUAGGUGUACAUUAUUGACAAAAGAAACUCAAACUAUUUGAAAGAGGAUAAAAUUGAAGGCAGCAGUGUGUAGUAAAACAUGAUUUGCCCUCAUUUAGAGACCGUAACUAUACACCGAAGAUGAGCAAAAGAAAUAGUUGAUGAAACCUAACCUAACCGAUCGUCUACAUUAGGCGCUUUUAGGCGCUUUUCUGCUGCAUCAGUGUGCUAGCUGUAAGUUCUGAAAUAAUUUAUGCAAUAUUACAUUCUAAUUUAAAUUUUCAAAACUGUUAAUAUAAUUUAGUUUGAACUUAAAAAUGUAAUUGUUUAUUAAACUUGUAGUAUACACGCCGAAUUGAAUUAGGACCACUAAUUAUCAUGAUCCAUGACAGCAACAGCUGUCAAAAUAAAAACGCCUAAAAGUGUCUAAUGUAGUCGAUCGAUAGCGGAAGGCAAAACCAAAUGUAGGCGAGUAAUUUGUUGUUGAUAUUACCAAGAUCCUUCCUAUUUUUUUUUUUGCUUUGAAUCAACCAACAGCCAGGGAAAAACUACAGUCAGGGAAUGCUCAACACCAGAUCUGUUCCACAACAAAAAGUACCGCAUUUAUCUUCCAUUGAACAGUAUUCGCACCUUCAUACGUUAGCUCCACAGCCGCGCGAGUGCGCAUCAGGAUUCCAAUACGCACCCUUAGAGAAGCCUUUUUACUACUAGACAUACUGAACUAGACUUACUCUAGUACCGUGUCUAGUGCUUCGAACCUACCCGCAACACAUCCACACAUGUACCGGUAGGGAAAUAACUUUGAACGGGAAAUAUUUUGACAGGUGUGACCCGCCUACUACUACCGAUUGUCAAAGUGACAGAUGACUGAUACACUAAACAAUACGAAGGUGGCACUGAAAUGUGAAAUGUGCAAAUAGUAGUAUUAUCCUACAGCAAAAUAAAAAAAAAGAAACAGGGAAAUCAGAUAAUAUUUCGAAACUCAUCAAUACCCAUCGCUUACCGCUUGAAAUAAUCGCAUAACGCGCACACACAGGAAACGAUGUGAAACCCUUGGUUUUAGAGAACGCUCCAACAGACAGCAUUAUACCGCGCCAACUUGCACACGGAACUCAUUCGAGCACUACUUCAUACCCAUCCGAUUGUAGCAUCCUAACCCUUAGUAGCCCUUGCAACACUCGUGCGUGUGUGGGGGCGUGUAGUUGAUGGCGCGUAAACAAUAAUUGACAGAUGGCAAAAUACAAUCAUUAGCUAAUGCUCACAUCCUUUUUCACUGGAUGUGACGUUUCGCUUUAGUUGCGUUUCGGGAGAAACCAUUUUCUGCCGUCUAGGAGGGCAGUUGUAGAGGUAUAAAAAGGGGGGGUUUUAGCAGGGACGAAAAAAACAACAACAGCAACAACAGCUACAUGAAGACACGUUCUUUUUAUCUUAGGCCUCUGCUCCCUUAACCCACACCCCCAAACAUGCCCCGUACCAAACCCCAUCACAAUUUGUCCUGGCCCUAUUGGGGGAUCAAGGUUGGUCGGAAGUAUUUUGCCGUUUUUAGAAUUUUUACACAAAGAAAAUAAAAACACACAAAAACACAAUCGGCAGUAAGCGAGAACGGGUCUCGCUGAGUUUUUUUUGCGUACCGGUACAAUACCGAUACGAAUUAUCCUGUUGAAUUUUCUCCCUCCCUUCUCUUAAUCCUCCACCCCCGUGUGUGUGGUUUAAGCUUUCCGAGCCCGGACAUCACAAGAUGGCCGCCGACCGGAUGGGCGAUUGCCGUAUGUUUUAGCGGGUUUGGUUUUGGUUCGCAAAUCGCUUGCAGCUUUCUUAAACGGCUAAAACCAUUAUUCCAGGUACGCCAGCACUCACACAGAAAACUAGAACAAUAACGCAAGAUAACGCUACAUACUUAUUAGAUAUAGUGCGAACGAGAGAGAGAGAGAGAAUGAUUUGCAGGUGUAAGAUGUACUAAAGCAGUAGUAAAAUGUACUAAAAAAAACGGUAUGUCUUUGCUUUCCGGUAUACUGCGCGCAACACCGGGGGGAAGCGUGUUCGCGAAUAGGGGAAGCAUACCUUAAGCCCUAACAGUAGUAGAAAUGAAAUCGUAAAACAAUUAAACUAAAAAAGUAGAAAACCCACUAAACGAUAAAUAGAAAAAAAAAACUUCCCACUUCCCUUUAUCCUCUUUCCCUUGCUGUCCACUCUCCAUAAAACGUGUUCCAACAUCGCAUUGGAUAUCGAUGUAUGUGAUUGGUGACUGGAACGACGGAAGAAAAAAUGAUGUGUACACCGCAAAUGGCAGGUUACAGGAUAAACUAAGAAUCCGUGAGAAGAGCCCAAUCACCAACAGAUACUCAAACUGAUGUGUUUGGAUUGAUAAAGAAUCUUUAAAAAAAACUAUUGCUGAAGCAGCUAUUUCUUGACCGGAACGUCAGGUUCCAGCUGAGUUUCUGUUCCACAGAAAACAUCCAAGAAUUUUACUCUUUUAGACCUUCUAUUGGUGAAGUUGUGCAUCGUAUGUACGAGUGUUCUACAUGUCCUGUGUGUAUGUACGUGACUGUAUGUGUACAGCGUGUAGUUAAGGUGUAAGCUUUGUAUUUCUGUUUGACAAACACUCGCCAGCCAGUUAAGACAUCGCAGUGAAAUGGCGUCCACCAGACGUACAGCAGUGUUAUAGAAUAUUUAAUGCGUCAAACUCUUGUGAGAAGAGCAACAAUUGCUGAGCGUAUUCUAGCCAUUUAGAUACCCAUUUUGGAUUGCAAAACACACACACAACCGAACUGUCCUACGCUUCCUUUCUGUCCAGAUAUGGCAGCGGUGAGUCGACUUCACCAUACAAACUUUGUUGCUAUUUCGUUUGCCAUUUCUAAAAAACAAUGGCAAUAGAAGUCAAAACGUGGAACCGCAUUGGAAUUACACAUCUGAUCCUACAAGAGCACACACACACACUCACACAUCCGGGAAUAUCCGGGGAGUCAUCCAAUCGCCAACGAACCUUUCAAUUCUCUGAGACAAUAGUAAUCUUUAUACGGCUAGGAUGUACGCACUAUUUGACCACAUAAAAUGAACCAUAUUCUCAAGGCACUUCACUGCGACUAACGAUUGAUGUAUCUCAGAUGUACUCUACACAUCUGCUGAUACAAAGGAGAAGCAAAACACAAAUCGUUUCAACAGCGCCACCGAAAUUUAAAGUCCCCCUCCCCAACCCCAUCUCAUCCACACGUGUGUAGAAUAAAUGGCAUCGUCAUAUUGUGUUUGGAGUGGUAUGGAAACCAAAACCCAAAACUUAAAACAUUCAAUACUGCUGCCGAUGGCUUUAUUGCAGCAAAAAGGGCAAACUAUAUCGAACCUUUCUGUUUUUGAACUCCAGAGCAGGAUAUUGAAGUAGAAAGUCACCGUAAAACCGUUAAUCUAAUGCUCCACUAUAUCACCCAAAUUAUUCCCACAUAUCGGAAAACAGGAUUACAGGAUGUAUUAAACAAAAAAGGAAUGCAAAAAUUAUGCAAACUAAACCAUCGUGACCGAUCGUCUACAUUAAGCGUUUGCGGGCGCUUUUCUGCUGCAACUGCACAGUGCAUCAGUGUGCUAGCGGUAUGGUCAAAAUGAAUUUUUGAGAUAAUUAUGAUUUAAACGGAUGUUUAAAUUUAAUUAAAGUUGAAUUAUAAAUGUCUAAUUGAUACAAGGGUUUCCCCUACCCGAUUUUAAUUAUUUUCCGUCACUGAAUUUUAUCCAUAUAUAAAUUAUGACCAUCAUGAUCCAUACCCUUUGUGCAACAAGAUGUCAAAAUAAAAGUGCGGACGCGUAAAAGUGCCUAAAAGCGCGUCGUGUAGACGAUCGGUAAUGACAAUGUUAUAUCAUGGCGGGAGUGCGCGAACAUGGACCAUUCAUGGGCCGACAUAUCCGGAGAUGUCAGUAAUAGAUUUAACAAAAUGGUCAUCAAAAACGAAACAUUAAAGCAGGCGAUUAUCGUUCGCGAACUAAAACCGUACGAACACUACAUAAUAGUUAAUAUUCCGUAAUACAUAUUUCGUAAAACAAUGUGAUUUUUUUUAUAUAUUCGUUUCUUUUUUUAUUUGUUUAAUAGUAAGCUACUAUUACUGUGACAGUAGAGAGGGAGGAUAAAAUGUGUAGCGUUAAUUUACUAUUUGUUUACUCUGACACGUAAUUAGGGGAACAGAAAAUAAGUUUCAUUAGCCGACACAAACACACACUUACACUCCGAUUGUACAUAAUUUUAUACAACUCCAACGAUACAUAUGAUUAAAUCUAACUAUAUAUAUAUAUAUAUACAUAAUAACAUAGAUACCUAUAUCAAAAUAGAGAAAUUAUCAGAUUCAUACGUUAUGGCCAUGCGGAAGCGAAAGCACUACGAAAUACGCGAACAUAUGCGUUCGCAUCGUUUUCAUCCCUGUCUUUUGUUCAUAAAUGAUGAGUUCUUCGGUAGGACAUGCAGCAGCAACAACAACAAAAGUCGAAUGUUUAGAGUUUCGUAAAAACACGUUCCAAGCCCCAUAUAUCCGAAUCCGAAAUUUAGCUAAACGUCACACCACUUAAAUAACGACACUCAUAUUGAAGUACGGAAAUCGAACAUUUUCAACCAAACAAAAAAAAAACACUCCUUUACGCGAAAAUUAAGUCUUAGCCGGCAACAAAAUAUACAAUCACCAGAGUAAAAAAGAAAAUAAACCCCAAUUUCCCGUUCCCGAUAAGCAUAGUUAAGCAACAGCACCGUCAUCAGUAGAAAACAAAAACAAAAAAUGCCAAGUGUUUGAGAUGGAUAUCAGCAACCAAAAGAAAACAACCUUACCACUGGAAGUAACGGCAACGUUAUCCAUCAGAAUAACACAAACUCUAUCGUAACUCUAUCGAAAUAAACCAUCUGUAACAUUUGUCCGUGUGUGUAUGGUAAUUAACAAUGGAGAAAAAAAAAACAAUGUAACAGCAACCGCAACAAAACACAACACAAAAGAGAAAAAUGACAA